AUGCAGUCUACAAGGAGUGAAGGACAUCCUGUCAACAUCAACAAGAGUCAACUGUCAAAAUCCUUUGAUGUUUUUGACAUUAAUAUGACAGCUGAUGAUAGAUUCACAAAUAUCAAUAUGCUACCUUGGAUACCUAUGUUGAUUUUUUGUCUGGACCUGACUCAAGUACUGGGUUUUCGGUGCGAUAGGAGGCCAUACGGCUCCACCACCCAAUCUUCAGCGCCUGACGGUCGCUUUAAGCUACUUAUAGAUGAACUAGAAGAUACCUAUAUGCCUGACCAACUCUAUAUAGUUAAAAUUAUAGCAACGGAUGAUUCAUCCAGAUUUAGCGGUUUCAUGAUAUCUGCGGAGGGCGACUUUAAACCAGAUCCCAAAAAUCAGAGGAAGCUGGUGUCUUUGUUCCCGGGAGAAGUGAGGCCUUUGAACCCCAUCACCGCUAAGUUCAGUGACCGAUGUUUGUACUCCGUUGAGAAUGCCAUCGCCUCUGCAAAAUCGUCUGUUGAGGUAUAUUGGCAAGCACCGCCGUCCGGUAACGGGUGCGUGACGCUGCGUGCGAUGGUGGCGGAGACCGAGAGCACGUGGUACGAGGACGGCGGGCCGCUGUCGCUGCGCCUGUGCGAGGACACGCGCGCGCCCGACGACGUCACGCCGCUGCUGAACUACCAGUGCAGUAUAUGCGAUGAAGCGAAAUAUGAGUUAACUUUUACUGGAAUUUGGUCUCGGAACACGCACCCCCGACUGUACCCUGAGAACGACUGGGUGCCGCGCUACAGCGACAUGGUGGGCGCCUCGCACGCCGCCGCCCACAUCCUGUGGGCGCCGGGCACGCUCGCCACGGACGGCUUCAGGCACUUUGCCGAACACGCUAAUGGAAGUAAACUGGAAGCAGAAAUUAGAGAAAAGAUCGGUGAUGGAGUUCGUACUCUAAUCAAAGGCAAAGGGCAUGGCUACCACAAAAUGUCCAACCCGACAUACGCGUUCUUUCGUAGUGAUAAAAUAAAUCAUCUAUUCACUGUUGCUGUGGCAUUACAUCCGUCUCCUGACUGGUUUCUGGGGGUGACCAGGUUUGAACUGUGCCGGGAAGACAACACGUGGUUGCCGGAGAGAGAACUGGAUUUAUAUCCCUGGGACGCCGGAACUGAUAGUGGAGUUUCCUAUGAAUCCCCAAAUAUGGAGACGUUUCCACAAGACGCCGUCAGUCGAGUGCAAAUGAGUUCGUAUGAUAAAAACUCGCCGUUUUACGAAACGGACAUGAAGGAUCUCCAUCCUUUCGGCAAACUGCACAUCAAACUGAUCCGGACUUACCACAGAGAGUGUGCGGAGGAGGAGGCCACUAGUGAACCAGAAGCAUCAACAGAACAAAGUACGACGGCAGAAGAUGAAGAGGGCGAAUCCUCUCAAGGAGAAUCUGAAGAAAGUUUAGGAGAACCUGAAGAGCCAUCCAGGUACCAAAACACAGAUCUAGCUUUCGGGAGAAGAGGUGAAGCGCCACUGGUGACGGACCCGGAGUCGUCGGAGGAUUGCCCGAUGUCGCAGUGGCAGGACUGGAGCCCCUGCGACGGCCUCUGCGAGGGCGGCCGGCUCUCGGGCUUCCGCUGGAGGCAGAGGUACCACCUGGUGGAUGGUGUUGCUGUGGAGAAAUAUGAUCCUGAGGUGGAUCCAUCAUCAAGGAAAGAAGUGCCAAGAUUUUGUAAAAACCACUUCGACGACUUUGAAAGGGAGGAAUGUGCAGAUGAUUGUUCAGAGAAGGAGGAAAAUGAAAUAACAGCUGAAAAGCAAAUGAUGCCGAUAGCUCCGGGUCACGGAUGGACCUCCAAGCGACACGCUUCUAAAGGA